AUGGCACUAGAUGGUGUACCGCCAAAACUCAUCGUCAUGAUCAAGGCCUAUUAUCGCUCCACCACUGCGCGAGUCCUGGUCCGCAACAAUCCUUCCCAACCGUUUGAUAUUUGGUCUGGCAUUCAACAGGGUUGUAUCCUGUCGUCCAUUCUGUUCAACUACGAUAUUGACUGGAUUCUUGCGAGGGCCAUACACAAAGGUGACGGUGUUGAGUUUCCACACGGGCACCGACUGACUGAUCUCAACUAUGCCGAUGAUAUUGCCUUACUUGCUUCAAUUAUUGAUGAUCUGAGGUCUAUGGUGUCAAUUGUGAACGAGGUCACUAAAUCGGUCGACUUAUCCAUAAACGCUGGAAAGACUAAAGUGUUUUCAAGCUGCAUCCUUGACCAGGAGAAAGCAUCUCUUGGCAUUGACGGCUCUCAACUCGAAGACGUAGACAUCUUUAAAUACCUUGGGGCGGGGCUUCUGCCUAAUGAGCAGAUUAAGGACGACAUCGUCGCCCGAAUUGAUGCUGCCCGCUGGGUUUUCUAA